CGCCAACCGGAAACCGUCGUCUCGUAAGCGCUAACCUGGCCGAGCUUGACGUCGUUGUUUCAGCUACCCACAACAGUCGCUUUAGGGUCGUCGUUAUUGCCGUUUUUAAUGCCCUAACCCGGGUCUGCUCACCCGGUUGAACCCGUUAAUCCACCGUCCUUUGAUGGGGAUUCCCUCCAGGAUGAUUCCCACCGAGGACGCGUCCGCCAGGAAGCGGGAGAUUGAGGAGAAACUGAAGCAGGAGCAGGAGACGUUAUCAUUCAUCAGAGAAAACCUGGAGAAGAGUGAUCAGCUGACCAAGGGCAUGGUCUCCAUCCUGUCUUCGUUCGAGAGUCGCCUGAUGCAGCUGGAGAACUCCAUCAUCCCGGUCCACAAGCAGACCGAGAACCUGCAGCGCCUGCAGGAGAACGUGGACAAGACUCUGUCCUGCAUGGAUCACGUCAUCAGUUACUACCACGUGGCCAAAGACACGGACAGGAUCAUCCGAGAGGGGCCGACGGGCAGGUUGGAUGAGUAUCUCGCUUGUAUCGCAAAGAUUCAGAAAGCUGUGGAGUACUUUCAGGAUAACAACCCCGACAGCCCCGAACUCAACACAGUGAAAGCGCGUUUCGAGAAGGGCAAAGAGCUGCUGGAGGCCGAGUUCCGCAGCCUGCUGACCCGCUACAGUAAACCCGUUCCCCCGAUCCUCAUCCUGGACGCCAUCAGCGUGGACGAGGAGCUGGAGGUCCAGGAGGACGUGGUGCUGGAACACCUGCCCGAGGCCGUGCUCCAGGACAUCAUCUGCAUCGCCGGCUGGCUGGUGGAGUACGGACGCAACCAGGAUUUCAUGAACGUCUACUUCCAGAUCCGGUCCAACCAGCUGGAUCGCUCCAUCAAAGGCCUGAAGGAUCACUUCCGCAAGAACAGCGCCUCCUCCGGGAUCCUCUACUCGCCCGCCGUCCAAACCAAACGCAAGGACACGCCGACCAAAAAGGCUCCGAAGAGACCAGGUUACGAUCACGACCUGCGGGUCAAACACCACUCUGACGCCCUGACCGAGAAGCACGGGGCCGCCGCAGGGAAGGACGACGUUCUGGACAUCGAGAUCGACUCCUACAUCCACUGUAUCAGUGCCUUUGUGAAGCUGGCCCACAGCGAGUACAGCCUGCUGGCAGAAAUCAUCCCCGAGCACCACCAGAAGAAGACCUUCGACUCCCUCAUUCAGGAGGCGCUGGACAACCUGAUGCUGGAGGGAGACAACAUCGUGUCUGCAGCCCGCAGAGCCAUAAUGCGCCACGACUACUCGGCCGUCCUCACCAUCUUCCCCAUCCUCAGACACCUGAAGAUCAACAAGUCUGACUUUGACACGACGCUGCAGGGAACAGCAGCCAGCACCAAGAACAAGCUGCCGACACUCAUCACCUCCAUGGAGACGAUUGGAGCCAAAGCGCUGGAGGAGUUUGCAGACAGCAUCAAGAAUGAUCCCGAUAAAGAGUACAACAUGCCCAAGGAUGGAACCGUGCACGAACUCACCAGCAACGCCAUCCUGUUCCUGCAGCAGCUGCUGGACUUCCACGAGACUGCCGGAGCCAUGCUGGCCUCGCAAGAGACGAGUUCAGCGAGCAGCUACACCUCCGAUUUCAACAAAAAGCUCCUGAGCACUUAUAUAUGUAAAGUGCUCGGGAACCUGCAGCUGAACCUGCUCAGCAAAUCCAAAGUGUACGAGGAUUCGGCGCUCAGCGCCAUCUUCCUGCACAACAACUACAACUACAUCCUCAAGUCGCUGGAGAAGUGAGUUUCUGACGUGUAUCAGAC